CCUAUUAUUAGGAUUUAGGAGUUAUAUUGGGUCAAAGGUUUGGGCCAUCAAACACCCAGCCCCUGAGCCCCAGCCUGGUUUGAAGUUUGAACCAACCGGUUUGCGUUUUGCUGUGGGCUGAUUGUCUUCGUGGGUGGAAAGUGGAAAAUAAAAAGGAAAACAUUGUAAAAUCCGGAUUCUGGAACGGAGGACACGACAGAAUCCCCUUCCUUUCUCCGGUCAAUCUGACUGAGCAACCCAAAAAUCAAAAUCGCAAAAACCCAAAACCCUAACGGCCUAAUCCCCAUUUCCUUCCUGUCCCCACCCGGCUGCCUCCGCUGCCGCGGCUCCUCAUCCCCUCCUCCGCUGAGACGGCGGCCGACUCAUCCUACUGCCGCCGCCGCAAGUUGUGCUGCUCUCUGCUCUCCGGCGCCCCCUCCCUGUUGAGUGCGGACAGAACGUGUAAGUUCUGCUAUUCUUUCGAUCUAUGUCUGCUAUUAUCUCUGUCUCUCUCUCUCUCUUCUUGUCUCCGCCGACGACUGAGAUUGGCCGGCCUCUCUCCCCACCACCUUCUCCGUCGAACAGUAGUAAAAAAUCAUAUAGCCAGCAAGUCUUCCAAGCCUAAAGUUUAAGCUGAAAAUUGAUAAUGAAACUCCUGUAUUGACUGCAUGCAUAAAUUCCAUCUCUUCCAAUGGUCACAGUAGCCUAACCUGAGCCCGCGAUGGAUCAAAAUCUUUUUUUCUUAUGGGCGCGAUGAUCAAUUUCUUCAUGCAGGAGGGAAGCUCAUUAGUAACUAGUCAAUUUGUUGCUAUGGCUUUAAGCUGAUACACCUUUAUUCUUUUCUGAACUAACUUCAUCUAUCAGUAACUCAUCCCUCCAAUUCAAAGGUCCAUACUUUGUGAUUGCUAACCAUCAGAGGACUUUAGAAAGUAGAAACCCAACCCACCAAACUUAUAUCAGAACGUUUAUGCACAUCAUAAUUAGCAUAGAGACACAAUUGCGCAAAGAGUUGGCAUUUUUUUCAUAGAAUGCUCAACAGUUCUACCAUUAGUUUCACAUUGAUCAUUGUUAUCUUUUUUUUUUUUGGCCAUGGAUUGAUCAUUGUUAUUAGCUUCAUCAAUUUUUUGAUAAAUUUUUUCAUUAAUUCGGCAGAAAAGGAAGUUGUGAAAGUCUUAUUCUCUUUCCGGGUUGGAAAGUAUUGUGCGUUUGCUUGAAUUGGUAGGUUUCGUUUUAGUGGCUUUAUUUUGCUAACCCUAUGUAAAUUACAGACACUUUCUUUCCGCCAGCAGCCACACUCGCUAUUCCAAGGAGCAACAGCUGUUCCCCUUUUCGUGAUUACUGCUCAGCUUGAAGCCAUGGGAGGGAAAAAUGAGAGCUCAUCGGGGACAUUGGAGUUGUUUUUGAAGAUUGGGCUGGAUGAGAGAACUGCUAAGAACACCAUAGCAAACAACAAGGUUACCAACAAUCUUACUGCCGUCAUUCACGAGGCUGGUGUAAUUGAGGGAUGCAAUCGAACAGUUGGAAAUCUUCUUUACACAGUAGCCACAAAGUACCCUGCCAAUGCCCUUGCACAUCGCCCUGUAUUGUUGGAAUAUGUUGUAUCAUCCAAGAUCAAGACCCCAGCCCAGCUAGAAGCUGCAUUUUCUUUUCUGUCUAAUACUGCUUCUGAAAGUCUUCAUUUGAAGGACUUUGAAGAAGCAUGUGGAGUGGGAAUUGAGGUCUCUGUUGAAGAUAUUGAGAAGACUGUUAGUGAGAUAUUCGAGCUUAAUAAGGAGUCCAUUUUGGCCAUGCGAUAUCGAACAAAUGUGGGAGACAUAUUUGCUAACAUUCGCAAGAGGCUUCCAUGGGCUGACCCAAAAAUUGUGAAGCAACUUGUCGAUGCAAAAAUGUAUGAAUUGCUCGGUGAGAGAACAGCGGCAGAUAAUGAGAAGCCUACUAAACAGAAAAAAGAAAAACCUGCUAAAGUUGAGGAAAAGAAGGUUGCUGUUGAAACUCCAUUGCAGCCCUCCGAAGAAGAACUUAAUCCAUUUUUAAAUUUUCCCGAUCCGAAGGAAAAUUUCAAGGUUCACACAGAAGUAUUCUUCAGUGAUCGUCCUGUUCUAAGGUGCUGCAACAGCAAGGAAACGUUAGAUAAGCACCUGAUGGUAACAGGCAGUAAAGUUUACAGCCGUUUUCCACCAGAGCCAAAUGGUUAUCUACACAUUGGUCAUGCUAAGGCAAUGUUUGUUAGCUUUGGCCUAGCGAGAGAAAGAGAUGGAUGCUGCUACCUUAGGUUCGAUGAUACCAACCCAGAAGCCGAGAAGAAAGAGUACAUUGAUCAUAUACAAGAGAUUGUCAGCUGGAUGGGCUGGAAGCCCUUCAAGAUAACAUACACAAGUGAUUAUUUUCAAGAGCUCUAUGAGUUGGCUGUUGAACUGAUAAGGAGGGGUCAUGCUUACGUUGAUCAUCAGACUGCAGAGGAGAUUAAAGAGUACAGGGAGAAGAAGAUGAACAGUCCUUGGAGGGAUAGACCUAUUUCAGAAUCUCUGAGGCUCUUUGAUGAAAUGAAGCGAGGAUUGAUUGAAGAAGGCAAAGCGACACUCAGGAUGAAGCAAGACAUGCAGAGUGAUAAUUUUAAUAUGUAUGACCUCAUUGCUUACCGAAUUAAGUUCACUCCUCAUCCACAUGCAGGAGACAAGUGGUGCAUAUAUCCAAGUUAUGAUUAUGCUCACUGCAUUGUGGAUUCUCUCGAGAAUAUCACCCAUUCGCUCUGUACACUGGAAUUUGAGACCAGACGGGCUUCCUAUUACUGGUUGUUGCAUUCCCUUGACCUUUACCAACCUUAUGUGUGGGAAUACUCGAGGCUGAAUGUUACCAACACAGUGAUGUCAAAGCGCAAGUUGAAUUUCUUAGUUACAAAUAAGCAUGUUGAUGGUUGGGAUGACCCCCGCCUCAUGACGUUGGCUGGUCUAAGGCGCAGAGGAGUUACAUCAUCGGCAAUUAAUGCUUUUGUCCGAGGAAUUGGAAUAACAAGAAGUGACAAUAGUAUGAUUCGUAUGGACCGCCUUGAGUAUCACAUAAGGGAAGAACUAAAUAAGACUGCUGCUCGCGCAAUGGUUGUGCUGAAUCCUCUGAAGGUGGUCAUCACUAAUUUUGACUCUGCUUCUGUUAUGGAUCUAGAAGCGAAGAAAUGGCCUGAUGCGCAGACAGAAGAUUCUUCUGCAUUUUACAAGGUUCCGUUUUCAAAUGUUGUGUACAUUGAACAAUCUGAUUUCCGGAUGAAAGAUGCCAAGGAUUACUAUGGGCUUGCUCCUGGAAAAUCGGUCCUUCUCAGAUAUGCUUUCCCCAUAAAGUGUACAGAUGUAGUAUUGGCAGAUGAUAACCAGACUAUUGUUGAGAUCCGAGCUGAAUAUGAUCCCUCCAAGAAAACAAAGCCAAAGGGAGUUCUGCACUGGGUUUGUGAACCUUCACCUGGGGUAGAGCCACUGAAAGUUGAAGUCAGAUUGUUUGAGAAACUAUUCAAUUCUGAGAACCCUGCUGAGCUUGAUGAUUGGCUUGCUGAUUUGAACCCAAAUUCCAAGAAUGUUGUAACUGGUGCAUAUGCUGUCCCAUUGCUCAAAAGUGCUGCCGUUGGAGAUAGAUUCCAGUUUGAAAGACUCGGCUAUUUCGCGGUUGAUAAGGACUCUACCCCGGAUCACCUUGUGUUCAAUCGGAUCGUGACACUGCGAGACAGCUAUGGCAAAGUUGGUGGUAAGUAGGUAGUUUCCUGAGGCGUGCAAGCUAAAGCCCCAGCAGAGAUGAUUAGCUGCUUGUCAAGUUGAGUACUUCUGUUUAUUGUGAGUUUGUUCCCCCCUGUUUUAUUUGUACAUCUUAACUUUAGUCAGCAGGGCAGCACAAAACUAUCUGUACAUCUUUUAACUUGGUCAUAUAUGAGCAGUUUUGGUGGAAAGGCUGUUUUACUAUUUUUACGUUCUCAAUCAUUCAAACCCACCGAUGGCUGAAAACCUAGUCUGCAUUUGCAGUUGCGUGGAACAUAAUCGUAAAAUUUUGAAGGUAGUUGGCUUGAUGUGGUUGAUCUUCUUUUCUGGUGACACCUUAAGUGUCUGUCGUGAUUCAGCAGCUGCUUCUCUAGCUAAGCUAGUUCAUGCACCAUAUAUGCUUUCUAUCCCAUCGUCCCAUGGGAAAAAGUUGACCAAUCUUCACUCUUUGACUUCUUCCUUGCCCUUUUUUCUUUAUUUGGAAAGCGUGGCCGGUUAACUAAAGCAGCCAUAUGCAAUCAAUAUAUACAAUGUACUGUGCAUAUAUGAAAGGGAAAUCGAGGAUGCCAAGAAGAGAGGCCAAGGAAUUCUCCCUCGUUUGGCCCCUCCAUUAAUAACUUAAGAGAGUUCAGUCUCCUCACGCUUUUACAGGAGUGGACGGGUUAGUGAAAUGGAAGUUUUUUUUGAUGCUUGAGAUGUUUAGAGCUAAAAGUUUUCAUUCGCACCAGAGAGUUGGAGCAAUGGAGGAGGCGAGGACGAAUUCAAUCAAACAGAUUAUGUAUGGUAAAUUUCUUUCUUUAACAAUUUGGCAGGACGACAAAUGAUAUAUGAUCCGUACUUUGAAAUGUCUUAUUAACUUUGAAUUAUUGGGAUAGAAUUGGUAAUUGACAUGAUAUUCGGAGUUUUUAACAAAUAAGUUUCCGAUUUAAAUUUUCAUGAUCUCUACUAGUUUUUAGUUUAUUUAUUAGACACAAAACAUAUGGUGUGUUUCUGAAAAACUUCAAACUCAUAAGUUGGCUGUCAUUUGUAUGGAUAUUUAAGACAAUGAUAUAGAAUCAAUAACUGGACCUAUCCGAUGGAGGUACAAAUAAGUGUAAAUUUUGUACUAUACUAUCAGGAACGCUGAAAAAACACGAGCCUUUUUAAUAUGUUGAAGAAUUUAUCUAUGACGAUUGUAAUGCCUUCUUCUCCCAUCAUGUGAUGACACAUUUUUUAACUUCAUCUUGGGGUAUAUAUGAUUUGAGAUUGAAGGGCAAGUAGAUGUGGAAUCAUGGGAGGUUUCUGAUAGAAUAAGAUACUGAUGAUAGUGUUCUUGUUGUGUGUUGGCUGCUAAUUAACUUUUGAAGAUAUUGCUCUCCAAAAGCAAAAGCAGAGGAACUCUGCUCAUGUGCAUGGGUAGAAUAAGAAUCCUAUGGAAUAACAUCUAAACGAUUACGAUGAUGUUUGUACUUGCACCAUCACAUUGAUCACCUGUUACUCUCAUUGCCUUUUUCUCUCUGGAAUAUUGUCUACAAACUUCUCAAGAUUUAAUUUUAACUCUAUGAGUUGGGGUAAUUGAUCCAAAUUAAAUGGUCACACAG